CGGUGGUCCUCUCUGUGGUUCGGACGGGGGGAAAUCCUUAACUGAAUUGCGUCAUAAAUACGUCAAUAAACUCUCAUUCACUGACGGUCAGGUACCACGGUAGCCGCCAUAUUCGCAUCCAUGGCAGGGUUAGCGGUGCUCUGGGCGAGCGUAUGAUCCAGUUACCGACUGAUCCCCGCGCCGACCCCCCCACGGUAAGCCCUUCCCGGUAGCGGUCCGCAGCCACGCAGCUUUGCAUCCGGACAUCGAGGCAGAAUCCGCCGGACUUCCACGGAGCGACAAGGCAUGCAACGUGGAGCGGGGCUUUAGGUGGACUACGAUGCCUUAGACCCGGAGAGGAAAGCUGGCACAAGAUGGAGGUAAACAGCGUCAGUAGUGAGGUCAAUGGACAUCAGAUCAUGGACGAGCCCAUGGAGGAGGGAGAGUCUUUCUCACACUGUGAUGAAGGAACAUAUAAGGAGAUUCCUAUCACCCACCAUGUGAAAGAGGGCUGCGAGAAAGCCGACCCAUCGCAAUUUGAACUGCUCAAAGUCCUCGGCCAGGGCUCUUUUGGCAAGGUGUUUCUCGUCAGGAAGAUUUUGGGUCCAGAUGCUGGUCAGUUAUAUGCAAUGAAAGUUCUAAAAAAGGCAUCUUUGAAAGUCAGGGACAGAGUUCGUACUAAGAUGGAAAGAGACAUUUUAGUGGAAGUAAAUCAUCCCUUCAUAGUGAAAUUGCACUACGCCUUUCAGACAGAAGGGAAACUGUAUUUAAUACUGGACUUUCUCAGGGGAGGGGAUGUAUUCACUCGCUUAUCCAAAGAGGUUAUGUUUACAGAGGAAGAUGUGAAAUUCUACCUUGCAGAGCUGGCACUGGCCCUCGACCAUCUGCACAACCUGGGCAUAGUUUACAGAGAUCUCAAGCCAGAGAACAUCUUACUUGAUGAAGCUGGACACAUAAAGUUAACAGACUUUGGUUUGAGUAAAGAGUCAGUAGAUGCUGAUAAGAAGGCUUAUUCCUUCUGUGGUACGGUGGAGUAUAUGGCCCCUGAGGUGGUCAACAGGAGAGGACACACACAGAGCGCGGACUGGUGGUCUCUGGGAGUUCUUAUGUUUGAGAUGCUAACAGGGACAUUACCUUUCCAAGGGAAAGACCGCAACGAGACCAUGAACAUGAUUCUCAAAGCGAAGCUGGGAAUGCCUCAGUUCCUGAGCUUGGAAGCCCAGAGUUUGUUGCGAAUGCUGUUCAAACGCAACCCCGCCAACAGGCUAGGGGCCGGGCCCGAUGGCGUGGAAGAGAUCAAACGCCACGCUUUCUUUUCCACCAUCGACUGGAAUAAACUGUAUAGGAGAGAGCUGCAGCCCCCAUUCAAGCCUGCAGCAGGUAAACCAGAUGACACCUUCUGCUUUGACCCGGAGUUCACCGCCAAAACACCUAAAGACUCCCCUGGCAUCCCACCCAGCGCUAACGCCCACCAGCUCUUCAAAGGCUUCAGCUUUGUCGCUCCGACCCCCAUGGACGAGAACAAGAGCUCCCCACUGCUCAGCAUACUUCCCAUAGUUCAGAUGCACGGCGGCUCGGCCAAGUUCUCCGAUCUGUACGAGCUGCAGGAGGACAUCGGGGUCGGAUCCUACUCCAUCUGUAAACGCUGUGUACACCGAGUCUCCGCCAUGGACUACGCUGUGAAGAUUAUAGACAAAAGCAAGAGGGAUCCCUCCGAAGAAAUAGAAAUCCUGAUGCGAUACGGACAGCAUCCCAACAUCAUCACGCUCAAAGACGUGUAUGAUGAAGGCAGGUAUGUGUACCUGGUGACGGAGCUGAUGAAGGGAGGAGAGUUGCUGGAUAAAAUCCUCAGGCAGAAGUUUUUCUCUGAAAGAGAGGCCAGUGCUGUGCUCUACACCAUCACCAAGACUGUUGACUACCUCCACUGCCAAGGGGUAGUACAUCGAGACCUGAAGCCCAGCAACAUCCUGUACAUGGAUGACUCGGGGAAUCCGGACUCCAUCAGGAUCUGUGACUUUGGGUUUGCGAAGCAGCUCCGGGGAGGAAACGGCCUGCUCCUCACGCCCUGUUACACCGCCAACUUUGUGGCGCCAGAGGUACUAAUGCGACAAGGGUAUGAUGCAGCCUGUGAUAUAUGGAGUCUGGGAGUUCUACUGUAUACCAUGCUGGCAGGUUACACACCGUUUGCUAACGGGCCAAACGACACGCCGGAGGAGAUUCUGCUCCGGAUAGGAUCUGGGAAGUUCUCCUUGACGGGUGGCAACUGGGAUACUGUGUCAGACACCUCAAAGGACCUGCUGUCCCACAUGCUCCAUGUGGACCCUCACCAGCGAUACACAGCAGAGCAGGUUCUCAAGCAUUCCUGGAUCACAUGCAGAGACGCGCUCCCACACUUCCAGCUCACGCGCCAUGACGCACCGCACCUCGUCAAGGGAGCCAUGGCCGCCACCUACUCGGCUCUGAGCCAGAAGACCAGCCAGCCCGUGCUGGAGCCGGUGGCAGCGUCCAGUCUGGCCCAGAGACGCAGCAUGAAGAAACUCACCUCAACAGACAUGUAGACGCCCAUCCAUCGCCCUCCAAGCUUCCUCCCCGCCCUCAGUCGGACUCUCAUUCGCAAAACCACACACACAAACACACACAGACACACACACACACACACAACCCGAGUCUUGGCCAGUCAGAACUACUGUCUCCCUUUUUAAAUCUAUUUAUUAGACACACACACACACACACACACACACGUACAAGACGAGGUUGCAUAGCAAAGACGUGGGCCGAAGGUGAAGAGGGGACAGCCACAUAUCUGUUACUGCUGGGAGACAGACGGACGGACAGACAGACAGACCUGUAUUUAUUUCCACAGCUUUCAUAUGCACUCGCCCUUCUCGCCUUUCAUUCUUUCUUCCUCUCCGUGGGGAAGAAACGCACCAGCUGAUGUUUUCCUUCACUGUGAUUGGCUGAUUCAAAGCUGCUUUGGUAAACUGUGCCCCCCUCCCCUCCCUGCCCCGCCCCGCCCCGCUGCUCUUCAUCUUCGCUCUGCCAUCCUCCUCCUCCUCUUCCUCCUCCUACCCGUCAGUUCACUCUUUCUCUGGUUUGCUUUUGCUCUCUUUAGCUUCUUUUCUUCAAAGUGAGGUUAUGGUUUAUGUGUGAGAGUACUGGCAAGAUGAUAUUGACUGAGGUGCUCCGAGAGACUGUUUGCUUUAAAAGAAGGAAAAAAAAAAAAGAGGUUCUGCUCGUCAUGGAUUAAAAAAAAAAAAAAAAAGAAGAAGAAGAAGUCCCUCAGACUCAAAAUCAUUUACCAGCACUUUUGGUAACAUAAAUGCAUGUGAGAACAGAACCUGCAUUCCCGCUCUGAAGAUUCUCAGUCUGACUCAUGUUACUU